AAUAUUAAGGAGGUGUGGCCUAAAUAGCAAAAUUCUGCGGCGCGUGGAGGCCCUAUUCGUGAAUGUGUGACUGGGCUUUAGAGGGAUUGAAAAGAAAGUUGUGCCGGGGAUUAAAAUACCAAAUCGAAACCAAAAAUGGGACCAAUCUGGAUGAUUAUGGCUUUGAGGCAGGGAUGAACUUUUACCCUAAAAAAUCAUCCAUCUCUGAAACAGACAAUUAUUCACAUGUGUACUCCUCUGGGUAUCUUCCUAAACACAUCGUAGAACUUUUAAACGUAUUUCUACCCAAAACUGUGUAUUAUCAUCAGCAUGAAUAAAAAACUGCGUAAUUUCUUCAAGCAUUAAAGGGGCAUUAUGUAACAUUUUUGAACCAAAAAAAAUUAAAAUACUUCAGUAAAAUCUUCGCGUGAUUGUGAUUUUCUUCCACUUUUCAACAUAUUUCUGCAAUAACCCGACAUUUCUGACAUUUAUGGUUGGCACUAAAUAGCCCACACGAGGCAAAUUCAGUUUGUGGUGCCACUAUAAACUGCCAGAAUGUAAACAGCCGUGUUUCCAAAUUUUUACCACACUCGUAAGGCAUAAUAUUUUAUCAUUCACUUCCUGAACGGCACUCAUUUGCAUUUAAGUUAGGUUGUUGUAAAAAAAAUGGCUAGAAAAGAUACUUUUUGUAUCGUCCUAAUGUUACAUAAUGCAGCUUUCAUGUAUAGAUGAAAAUACAACGACCAUACUUGUUUUCAGUGAUGUGCUUCCGAGACAGACUUGUUAACCUAACAAUCACACCCACGUUUCUUCCGGCGUGUGUAUACCAUGAAUAAACAACGGCUCAAACAGACUAUAAACGGCAGAGCAGAGUUUAUUCGGCAACAGUUACACCUCAGCUCGAUCGCUUCCUAGUCGGUACCCUGUGCUGUCUCGUGUUUUACAGAAAAUUGUGAGGCCUCGAUAACCAGAAAAGGUUGCUCCUUCUUCACGGUACCUUCAAACACAGCCAUCCUGAUCUUUUUGAAGUCAGCCGGUACCGUUGUGUGGAAACUGCGAUGAUGAAUUCGAAGCAGACCGGCUGCUGGCUCCUGGUGAUCGGUUCUGUUCUCGGCAGCGUCACGGCGACAGACGUCCGCUCUUUCAGCCCCAAUUGGUGCAUGUUACGUCCCUGGCACAUGUGCGUGCGGGACGACAUCAAGGUUCGUGAUACUUUCUACCACAACAUGACUUGCAUCUGCACAUCUUGCUUCUUGAACCCUCGAGACAUGGGCUGUGCUCCACUCUACUCGUUGGCUCCCUUCCCCGCUGCCCAGUGGGUCGCCCUGCGCGGUGUCCCCGUCGGAAACCUGUCCUCGCAAACUCUGGGUCCCAUCGAGCGGUCUUCAUUGACGGUCCUUGUCCUUAUAGAUGCAGGUAUAAACAUGAUUGAAAACAAACUAUUCGCCAGGUUUCCACACUUACGGUCAGUACAUUUAGAUCAUAACACUUUGUCGCAGCUGAAACGAGCUUCGUUCUCAGGCAUGAACACUUCUCACCCAUCUCUCACCUACCUGUCGUUCUCUCACAACUGCAUUGUUGAACUAGAACCUGGGUGUUUCGAAGACGUUUCACGUCUAACAAUGUUAGAUUUGUCCCACAAUCUGCUGUCGGAAGUAGCGAGUGAGUGGUUCCGUGGUCUUUCCUUCCUACAUACGCUGAUUCUGAGUCGCAACAAGAUUGAAAUCGUUUCUGCAACCGCCUUCGAUUCACUUCACGAUCUACGAGUCCUGAACGUAAGUCACAACCCUCUGACGUGUCUGAGCGAGAGAACACUCUCGGGGCUGUCAUUACAAACCUUCAGCGCAGGGGGAGGGCGAGUCAUUUCAUGGGAGCAAGAUGACGAAAUGAACUGGAGUCUCACCGUGGACAAAAUUAACUUUCCUUGGAGGAUACAGAGGGUUCGCCUGCGCAUCGAUAACUUCGGUUUCUGCCUCAUAUAUACGACAGCGACAAGAGACUUCCAACUCAGAUGGGCUCGUGUGGACAGUUUAUAUUCCGACUUUUUUAAUGGGCAAGAACCCGACUGUUCGAUACAUGCGUUUGGCCCGAUAAACAUCCGACCACCGUUUGUUGUCGCAACAGCUUUGAAGAAACCAGAAAACAAGAACGGGCGCUUAGCUAACCUGUGUCCAGAAGCUUGGACAAGACAUGACGGAAUGGCUUUAGUCCUGGAAGGUAAUGUGGGCUUGCAGCUUGUCGGCAUGCGCAAAACAGAAAUAUCGGAGACAAGCGGAAGCGAUGGGCAUGGUAUUGCUUUGGUGUCUAGCUACAAGAGAAAUCCAGAUUUUGUGAUGGAAUACGAAACAGAGCCGAGUGUAACAAACAUUUCCUGCUUUGUAUUCUUUCGCGGAGAGGCAGGCCCGGGCACUUUGCCGCCGUCGUUUUUCCAAGCCGCAGGGGCAGGGCCAUACUCGGAAUGCCCCGACUCAAAGUUUUCUACAGACAUUCCAAAUAAAGAGUCCAACACCACAAGUACAGAUUCCACCAGUCAAACCGCCGACUAUGCUACAGGCUACUUAGAGAAUAGCACCGAGGAUACAAGGUUUGAAUUGACCACCAUGAUAGUACAAGAUCCCUACAGAACGCUAAUUCCCCUUCUUCAAUCCAGUGUCACCAUGCCAAUUGCAAAGGAAGCGGCCUCUCCAUAUUUAGUGUUAAUAUUAAUUUCCUUGCCCGGACUUGUUAUCCUAACACUAAUCUUAGUGAUGGCCUACAGGCGCAGACGUACCAGGAAUGCCGCUCAGAAUGUACCAGUUGUCCCGGCCCUGGUGCACAGUUGCCGUCAGCCUGUAACGCAGCUUAUUGGCAAUUCUAUGUACACAACAUCGAAUCAAACUUUGGCUCAACCCUCAGCCCUGGUGCACAGUUGCCGUCAGCCUGUAACGCAGCUUAUUAGCAAUUCUAUGUACACAACAUCGAAUCAAACUUUGGCUCAACCCUCAGGUGGUACUGACCUGACCAAACAAAGCACAGACUGUCGUUCUUCUAUUCUCUCCACGCACACGUACUACGAAAUAAAGGACGAGGACGUUUAUACACACACAGAAAUGCCGCUGCAAAUGUACCAGGUACUGCUUUAA